CCAAACCAAACACACCCGGACAAUCAAUUUAUGAUAAUGGCACCUUCAACAUGUUGCAGCAAGAUCUACUAGAUACGCUCUUUCUAAAUAGGAAGGCCCUGGCGGACGUUGGAGGAACGGCUACUGAGACGGGCCAGAACCAGACCGCGAAUUCGACGACUACGACGACAACGAGCACCACCGCCACCCCACAGGCCAUGAUGAAGGACGCAGCAGGCGCUGGGGUCGCAGAAGGUGCUGAAAAGUGCCCUGUUGACCACACAAGCAGAGAAGCAUGGUUGGCACAGGCAAAAGCAGCCCGAGAGGCACAAGCCCCAUCCUCACAACAACACCAGGGCCAACCCUCACCCACACCACCGGAGCAAGCCUCUGCCUCCUCAUCAGGCUGGGGCUGGCGGAUCCCCUUCUUCAGCUCCCCUUCCUCCUCCUCCUCCUCCUCAGCAGACUCGAACGCCGCACGGCAACAGACGUUACCACAAAACCACCCUCCUCGUCACGACACAGGCCUCGGCACCGACCGUGUCAUCUCCACGAUUCCUCGCUCCACCUCGUCCGGUGCGACCACAUCCGCCUGUCCUGUGAACAACGAGACGGAAACUGGCGCCGACCCCAAGACGGGCAACUGGGUCUAUCCCUCUGAGAAGAUGUUCUUCGACGCUAUGAAGCGCAAGGGCCACGAUACCCGCGCCGCAGACAUGAAGGCCGUCGUCCCUAUUCAUAAUGCUGUCAAUGAGAGGGCUUGGGUCGAGAUCAAGGAGUGGGAGAAGCCCUACGAGGCUGCCAGCUGCCCCGGUGGCCCGAGGCUUUAUUCCUUCACGGGCCUGUCCAGCAAGAUGUCACCGAAGGCCAGGCUCAACACCCUCCUAGGCUAUACCGCUCCCUUCGACAGGCACGACUGGAUUAUCGACCGCUGCGGCACCAAGGUCGAGUACGUAAUUGACUUCUACGCCGGCAAGAAUGACAAGGCCGGCAGGCCUAGCUUCUACCUCGAUGUCAGGCCCAAACUCAACAGCUGGGAGGCCGUCAAGAUGAGAGCGACAAGGGCCCUCGGCCUGGCAUGAAGAAGAUGUCGGCAUGAGACACUGAGGUGAGGAAGAGCGCUGAAUAAGAGACGGACAGACUAUGACAAAAGGAAUUGGACUACGAGAAGGUAGGAGUUUGCGCAUAAGCUGAGAUGGGGUGUGAGCAUUCAAUGUUCGAUUUCUCAAGAUUGAAUACUGCAGGUCGCCGGAAAGAAUGAGAGACAGAAAGACAAAAGAAAGAAAGGAGAGGGGGGG